GCUGAGGCCCGGCUGCCCUGGCACAGGGUCCGCACCAUCCUCCAGGGCUUGGAGGUCAGUCGCGCAGCAGCAGGCGUCAUGGAUGUCAAGGGCUCCAUGCGGCAACUCCAGGCGUUGCAGGUGGAGGUCCUAACAGCCCUUCGUGGUGUGGCAGUUGAGGAGGCCUUGGCGAAUUUAGAGUUCUCCGAUGAGAUUUUGCCUCGAUUGUGGCGUCUGCUUGGCGACAGAGAAGCACCAGCGGAGACUGGUGGUCUUGGGCUGGUUCCCAGAGAGGCCGGCUGCGCGGAUCCGGUCUUUGAAGAAACCGUGAACAUUGCUGCCCUCUGGGACAAGGAGUCUGACACUGGCUGGUAUCUGUAUCGAUUGGCAGCCAUCGAUCCAACUAUGUGA